UGCUGCAAGCUCGACUGGAACACAGGACAUGAUGCUUCAGCUCUUAGUGGCUCUAACUUUUGCUGCCUUUGUGAAGAAUGCGCCUCUGUUUGGCAUCAAGAUAGUACAACAUGUGGCCCAUCACCCAGAGACAUUAGGAGAGCUUUAUUCUGAUGACAUGGGAGUGGUGGAGGGAGACAUGAUUGUAUUGAAAAACAGGAAUGCAGUGGGUAAAUCUUGGCCAACUACAGACUUGGCAUAUGAGAUCAGUCCAGACAUAAACAACAGAAAGAAGGAUAUCAUGGCUGCCAUGGCAAUGGUGUCUGAGCACACCUGUAUAACUUUCCACAGGAGAAACUCUGAGUCAAACUAUGUGCUCUUCCGUCCUGGUAAAGGCUGUGCUUCAAACGUGGGCUUUUUCAAAGGCAAGCAGUCUGUGUAUGUUGCGCCACCAUGCAAAGUGGGAAACAUUGCUCAUGAGAUCCUUCACACUCUUGGCUUUGAGCACGAACACACCAGGUUGGACCGGGAUGGCUUUAUCGAAAUUAUCAAGAGUAACAUCAUCAAAGGUAAGGAGAACAACUUCCAAAAGAUUGGUGGGCGAACUUUUGACAUUCCGUACGACUACACUUCCAUACUGCACUAUGGACGGACUUUCUUUACAUCAAACGGAAAACCCACCAUCAUCCCAAAGAAAAACGUAAAGGACAUGGGACAGAGGCGUAGACUGACGGAGACGGACAUACAGAAAAUCAUUCAUGUCUAUAACUGUGAUUCUCUCACAUCAAAUGCCACAGUGGGAAGCUGAAUUCCUCUUUUUCCACCACUGCCUCCUGGAAGCCCAUGGAAACCAUCAGAGGUGUUGGAAAUAUUAAUUUAAUUAUGCUAGUUGUAAUGAUGUUUAAGCUUUAGCGCAUGUUGAAAUAUUACAUUGAUAAUAAUUGUUUUGAGUAGGCCUCAGUUUAGCUUACAUUUAGACUCGUAGUUUAAUCAAUACAUAACUUAAUCAGUAGAAUUUUUUUCUUAAAUGAGCAUGAUUUGAUUCAAAUG